AUGCCCAGGCGGAGCAUCGCGGAGGUGAAGGUGCUGGACGUGCAGAAGCGGCGCAUCCCCAACAAGCACUAUGUGUACAUUAUCAAAGUCACCUGGUCCAAUGGGUCCACAGAAGUCAUCUACCGAAGGUACAGCAAGUUCUUUGACCUGCAGAUGCAAAUGCUGGACAAGUUUCCAAUGGAAGGAGGGCAGAAGGACCCGAAGCAAAGGAUCAUCCCCUUUCUGCCAGGGAAGAUCCUCUUCCGCCGGAGUCACAUCCGCGAUGUUGCAGUCAAGCGCCUAAUACCUAUCGACGAAUACUGCAAGGCUCUGAUCCAGCUGCCUCCCUACAUCUCCCAGUGCGAGGAGGUUCUCCAGUUCUUUGAGACACGACCUGAUGACUUGACGCCCCCCAAAGAGGAACCCAUUGGAAAGAAGAGGUCUGGGUUUAUCCAGAGAACGGCCUCUUUCCUGCAGAGAGGAGCUGACUCUGCGUCGGUCGACCCCUUGGUGCUGGAGCAGUAUGUCGUGGUGGCAGACUACCAGAAGCAGGAGAGCUCCGAGAUCAGCUUGUGCGUGGGCCAGUUGGUGGAUAUCAUUGAGAAGAACGAAUCAGGCUGGUGGUUUGUGAGCACGUCGGAGGAGCAAGGCUGGGUGCCGGCGACCUGCCUGGAGGCCCAGGAUGGUGUCCAGGACGAGUUCUCAAUGCAGCCUGAUGAAGUCCCAUGGAGAUACUGGUCUCUGCCCAGACACGUUGGCCGCCGUCGGACUCUUGGGGACUUGUACACCAGUGGAUGGGGUCAAGAGGAGAAGUACACCGUUAUUUACCCAUAUACCGCAAGAGACCAGGAUGAAAUGAACCUGGAUAAAGGGGCUGUAGUGGAGGUGAUCCAGAAGAACCUGGAGGGCUGGUGGAAAAUCAGGUACCAGGGCCAAGAAGGCUGGGCCCCGGCCUCCUACCUCAAAAAGGGGAAUGGAGAGAUGUUCUCGCAGAAGUUGGGGUCAGGCUCCUCUGCUCAUUCGUGUGCCUUGGAUCUGGAUGGCAUCUCCCGGCAACAGGUUGUGGCGAGCCGAGAGAAGGAUGGGCUUGCUGGCCAAAGGGACGGGAGAUUCGACAGUCGUCCACUGCCCAAUGCUGACAUCCGACGCAAGUCACCAAAGAUGAGGCAGAGACCCCCUCCUCGCCGAGAUCUCACCAUACCACGCGGUUUGAACCUUCCUAAACCUCCUGUCCCUCCUCAAGUGGAAGAGGAAUAUUACACCAUCGCUGACUUCCAGACCACCAUCCCCGACGGCAUCAGCUUCCAGGCAGGAAUGAAAGUAGAGGUUAUUGAGAAGAACCUGAGCGGCUGGUGGUACAUUCAGAUUGAGGAGAAGGAAGGCUGGGCCCCCGCCACAUUCAUCGAUAAGUACAAGAAAACCAGCAACGCGUCCAGGCCGAACUUUCUGGCUCCACUACCCAACGAGAUGGCCCAGCUCCGGCUCGGCGACACCACGGCUGACAGCAGCACCGGUGAGGAAGCAACGGGACCGUGCCGUCCCCUGCCAGAGGCUCCUCCUAACGGUACAGACUGUGGUGGGAAGUGGGCCAGAGACUGGAAGGGGAAGGAAGCUCUCGAGAGCGGGGAUGUAGCCUUUGCCGGUGGCUACGAGGAGAUCUCGGAUCGUGACACAGAGGAGAAGCCCAGCCUGCCGCCCAGGAAGGAGUCCAUCAUUAAAUCAGAAGGCGAGUUACUGGAGAGGCAGAGGCCUCCCCCCAAGCCGCCAGGCAUGAUUUUGCCCAUGAUCCCACCCAAGCAGUCAUCGGCCCCAAAGGACAGCAAGAAGCCUGAGCUGAAACCAGAAAAGGGCAAACUCUUCCAGCUGAAAAACGAAAUGGGAUUGGAAUGUGGACACAAGGUGUCAGCCAAGGAAGUGAAGAAGCCAAACCUCCGGCCCAUUGUCAAGCCAACCAAGCCAAAAGCUGAGCCCAUGGAGGACAAGCCUGAACCCGUCGCCCAGAAUCCGUUCUUGAAGUCAAGACCUCAGAUCAGGCCAAAACCCGCUGCUGCCCCCCGGACUGACCCACCUCCAGCUGAUGAUAAACUGGACAUUUGCAGCCUGCGGAGCAAGCUUAGACCUGCAAAGUGCCUGGAGAAACCCUCCGAGCAGGACACCACUGCCGGCGAAAGCUCCUUCAGUAGUGCCAUGGUCUCUUCAGAGGCUUCUGGAAGGUAUCAGGAGCGACCGAGCAUGGAGAACAAGCCCCUGCCCAAGCUGGACAGCCACACCGCGAAAGAGGCGCUGCCCAAAUCUCCCCUGGGCCCAGCAAACACUCCAGGUACCAAGGAUCCCCCACCACAGCGCCCCGUCGUGCCACCCCGCAGACCACCCCCCCCGAAGAAAAUGGGGGGUCCUGCCUCCGGGCCUGUGGCGGACCUCAGGGCCCCGGCACGGGAAGCGCCUGAAAUCAGGUCAUCCCCGGUGCCAGGGAGGCCCAUGCUGGUUCCUCCGAAAGCCAAGCCGUUCCUCUCUGCCUCCGUCCAAGACGAAGCCAAAGUGAAAAGCAGUGUAAGCUCAAAGGUCAUAUCCAAGCCAGUGGAGAGAGGGGAGGCCAAGGAGAGGACCUCAGCCCCCAUCUCCAGUCCGGACAUGGCCAGGGAAGCUCUCUAUGUGGCAGUGGCAGAUUUUGAAGGCGACGAGGAGACCAACAGCUUUAAAGAAGGGACUUUGUUUGAAGUUUGCGAGAAGAACAGCAGUGGCUGGUGGUUUUGCAAGGUCCUGACUGGAGGGCCAUGCUGGGAGGGCUGGAUCCCUUCCAAUUACCUACGAAAGAAGCCAUAGCCACUCCUCUGCUUGCACGGCUGGAGGUUCCCUGGUCUCUCACCUGAGUAUUUAAUUAGCAGAUUAAUUUAUAGUUUUCCAUGAGGCUGGCUUUAAAAAACAAGAUAGUAAUUGAGAUCCCACGCAUCCCAGCUGGUGCCCGUUGGUGGCAGCAUGGAGG